GAGAGGCAGGAACAUAUAUCAAGCUAUAUCACAGACGGUCGAAGAUACAGAUACGAACGACACUUCGUCCAUAUUGAAAUGUUGAUGCUGCUCCAGCUGAGAGAGAGAGAGCGUGCGUGUACACGUGUACAGCUGAGCUGUGGCGUGAGCUGUGCGGUGAAGGAAGCUAGCAGCAAACUGUUCCAAACUACGGCACGGACAUGGUUUGAAGAACUGUGCCGUAAAGACGGUGUGAGCUAGAAUCAGGGUUGAAUUGAAGGAAUAACGUAUAAUAAAGAAGAUGAUGGAAGAGAGUGGGAUUGAGACUACGCCUCCUGCCAGUCCUACCCCUCCUCCGACUGUGGCUGCCACAGUCUGCGCUCCACCUAUGACCAUGGGUUUUUCCAGCCCUCUGUCCCUCCCAGGCACCAGCUCCAUCUCUAUCGGAUCCACCUCAGUCUCCACCACUCUCCCUCCUGUUCCAUCCCUCCCUCCCUUUAGCAGCCCAAUGACUGCACCCCCUUCACUCUCCUCCCAUUUUCCCCCUCCCUCCACACUCACCUCACCCUUCCCAAGUCACUCACCUUUCCCUCCCUCCACCUCCCCCUCUUUUCCACCUAUGGUCUCCCCCAUCAGACCACUUCACGCCUCAGCUCCCGGUGGGUCAGCCCCUCCUGUAGGUCCUCCCAUAUCUAGCUUCUCCAUGAGCGCAGGUUAUGAUAUCACACGUGGCCACGCUGGUCGAACACCACAGACACCAUUGAUGCCAACUUUCUCAAGUUCUACUGCCAUGCCUGGUGUCGUAUCCAACGCCAUGGUUCAGCAGCCAACCAUGACAGGGGGAUUAAAUACUGGAUCUCCCAUAACUUUCCCAGACGAGCAGGAAGAUCCCAGAGUUUCUGGAGACAUCAGCAGUGGUGGGGGCAUCUGGGGCUUCAUUAAGGGAGUAGCAGGCAACACUGUAGUAAAAUCAGUCCUGGACAAAACCAAACACUCUGUGGAGUCCAUGAUCACCACUCUGGAUCCAGGCAUGGCUCCGUACAUCAAGUCUGGUGGGGACAUUGACAUCGUGGUGACUUCAGAUAAGGAAGUGAAUGUAGAGGCAGUCAGAGAUGCCUUCCAGGAGGUUUUUGGGAUGGCCAUGGUCACUGGAGAGCCCGGUCAGUCCAACAUCGCACCACAGCCAGUGGGCUAUGCAGCCGGUGUCAAGGGGGCUCAGGAGCGAAUUGACAGCCUACGACGUACUGGUGUGAUCCAUGAGAAACAGCCAGUGGUCUCAUUGGAAAGCUUCAUCGCUGAACUCUUUCCUGACAAGUGGUUUGAUAUCGGCUGUUUGAUCCUGGAGGACCCCAGUUACAGCAUCCACAUUGAGGUCUUCACUCAGGCAACUCCUUUGGCUCUAGAUCAUAUCCAACAGGCUCAGUCCCUGACCCCUCCUGACUACAGCCUGCGCUGGUCAGGUUUGAUUGUUCCUGUGGGUGAGGUCCUGGAGCGCAGCCUGCCCAACAUCAACAAAACAGACUGGCAUCAGGCUAUGACGGGUAUGACCCAACGCCAGAUGAUCCAUAGUGCUGCUAAAGCUCUAGCUGGAAUCUACAAACAGCAGCUGCCACCCAGGACUGUGUGAGGCUGAACGAUUCCAGUAUUCGUCACAAACUGGAAAAUAGAUAAAGUCCCGUUGGGACAGCCAGCUGAUGGGACAGCGAGGAUCCUCGUCUCUCCCCAUCAGUCUCCCAUCUGUCCUGGGAAAAGCCAAAUGCAUAUUUAAAGUCAUUAAUGUUUGUGCCAACAGAUGUUUAUUGACAUUCCAGCACGUGACCUGAGUUUUGAUGCAAACUCAGAAGGUAGAGAAACUUAAUUAUUAACUGAUCGUUUAUUCAUGUCCCUGAGAGAUUUUUACACGUAAUAUUAAUGUCAACAACCUUAACUGAAAAUGUGGCCAUAUUUUGUUUUCUUAUUUUGUUUAGAAAUGCUUAACAUUAUUGUAGACUAUUACAUAGACUGUGUCCCAAUUGUAUAUGAACUACAGACCCAAAGUUCUUUCAAAAAAUACCUUCUUUGCCUGAAAUCAUUUUUAAAGAAGAUACCCAGAGAGAGAGACUUCCAACGUUUUGACCUGUGACAUGUAGAAAAACAUGACCCUACCUGACCCCAUUAGAUUAAAUAAUAUAAUGUAGACCUGAUGUUAAUAUGAUUGGGUCUUGGAUACUACUACUAAAGGUAGUCUCACUGUAUAUUUUAACACAGUUAAUUCAACUUAGUACUAAAGUUGUUAAUAUACUAUUUUUUUCAAUAAGCACACAAGAAACUAGUAUGCUGUUUUGUGAUAACCAGAAAUGAUACAAGGUAUUAACCUUGUAUCUUAUCCUGACAAGACUCAGGAGACCUGAAGAGAUUUUUUUUGUAACUAAAUUGCUGCUUUCUGAUCUGUUGCCAGUGUCAUCAAUCUAAGGUCCAGCUUUUUUUAAAAAUGUAUUACAAGCUGUAAAUCAUUGUUUUCCUUGCUAAAAACUACCACUUAAACAUUUAAUUAUGUUUAAGCAACAGGGCACCUGCUAACCCAUAAUUCACCCCCCAUGCUAUGAAUCAAUGGUGUCCAUAUGCUUUAUUCAUAUGCUAACUUUAUGUAAUAAUGUACUCUACUAAUUCGAUUAGUACAAAUUAAGAUAAAGGAUUCUGGGAAUAUGCAACAUGCAAACUUAGAAAUGACAAGGAUAUUAAAAGUAGACUGUGACACAGGGCCUUGAGAUCUGAUAAGGCCUUUAUGUCAGUUGAUGUUAUGCCUCAGUGGUGUAUAUUCCCAUAUAUCUUUAAUGACCAUCAAUCAAUUACCAUGGAACAUGGGGUUCAGGAGCCCUAAGACAGUUCCCGUAGAAACCUAUGAAAGCAUUGGAUCACUAUCAAGCGAUUGUGCUAAAAAUAGUUCAUUGUUUUUAAAGCAUUUGAUGCAGUACAAAUCUUGACACCUGUGGUACUACUUCUGUAUGAAACGGUUGGUUGAACAUGUAGCCUUACUUGUAAUGAUCCUUUGACUGAAGGCUUCCUCACUUGUUACACAAUUUGCCCUGUUAGUUACAACACCUCACUCUAAAGUCGAGCAAGUUCGGUCUGUGUUUCUCUUUCUAUACAUACUUAACUGAGUCCAUUUUACAAAGUAAUGCAUGAAAGCCAUUUACAAUCAGUAUAUACUGUGCAACUGGGACACAACUAGACUGGUCUGAUGGGUUAAAUGAUGUCAUCAUGUUUUAGAUAUCUGUUACUUAGAAAGUCAUAGUAUCACGUACACAUUCAUAUAGGUUCUUGCUUUUUUUACUGCAAAAUAUUUGCCUGCCAUAACUGUGGAGCUGUCUGUAUUCAUUAAGAAAAAACACAUUCUGACCACGUAUUAUAGAGGCAGGGAUGCAAACUUGCCACCUUUCAGUAAAAACUGCUUUUUCCAAAAUAGGUGAUUGAUAAGUUUAGAUGUGGUGAGUUUUGGAAAUAGGGGAAUAGUGGCUUUAUUGACUGCACACAUGCCUGAGGUUAAAAGUCUUACUGUAGCAUUAUAAUAUUUAAUUGGCUUACAUGACAAUAAGUCACGCUGAGACUGUUAAUGAGCAAGGUAGAGUUGUUGUGAUGUAUCUAAUGCUAGCCAUAAAUCUUUUAUGUAAUCUUAAUUGUUAAUGUUAUUUCCAUGAAGUAUAAUAAUAAUAAUUCACAUGCUUGCCAUCCCAAAAUCCACUUGUAUAACUUCACUGAUAUUAGGCCUAACAAUAAGCAAAGAUACCAUUUUUCUGUCUAUUGUAACAUAAGCUGAGCUCUUCAGCCAAAGUGCCACCUUAAAGCUGGGGAUAGGUAAAGUUGUUACAGCAUUGGCAGCAACUGCCAAAGCAAACUAAAAAGGAAGACUAUUUUUAGAGGGGCUCAGGACAGAGUCAUAACCACAAUGUAAUUAUACUAGGUGCUUUUAGAUUUGUUUCGGAAUGUGAGAUUAAAUAAUGAGAAAGAUGUACACACGUAUGAGCGCUUGUUACAGUUGCACAAUUCUCAUCACUUGAGAAGGGGCAAAUACCAAGCUCACUGAAAACAAUAGAAGCUGAAUUGAAAUUACCAUGUGAACAGUUUUCUUUUAGUUGUAGUUGUGAAAUCAGUUUAUCACUUUCAUAUCUAAACACUGUCUUUUGAUACACCCUUCUUUUAUAGCUCUUCUUUGCAUCAUCGCCCCUGUUUAGACCUGGUAUUAACAUCUGUCUCUGGUGAUCAGAUCACAUGGUCAGCUUUAAGUUCAGAUGUAAAAAGACCCAAGACCUGUUGAGGCUGCGUUUGAGAGCCAAUCACUCAAACACAUUGUGGAGUGGAACACAUUGGGCCCAGUGACCCAUACCUUUGGCCCCAUUUUUUUAUCAAUGUUAACACAAAUGUGUCCUGGGCCUCACUGAAGGUCAACCUGCUCAGCUGACGUCCUCUGACCUGCUACAGAUUCAUAUUGAACAUGAGCUGAAAACAUAAUUUGGUCUUUGUGAACUGAAAUGAUGUAUGUGAAGAUCAGGGAAGUGUGAUCUGAUCACUAGGGUUCACCUGUUAAUACCAGGUGUGAACAAUGCCAUCAUCACCUUUUCACUGCUGAUGAAUCUACAUCCUUGCUUACACUACCUUGGGAUUUGAUCAAAAGAAAAAUAAUGUAUUUUCUACUGCUUCAGGCAGUUGGACACUGAUAGAAAUGGAAGUUACUCAUACUGUAGGCUUAACAUCAUUGUAUUUGGGUGGAAAGAGCAUCCUUCUCUGUACUGUGUGUCCUCUAAAUGUGCCUUUUUACGUAAAUAAAAUCAAUGAAUUUGUA